AUGUUAUCCAUACACAGUGGACUACUUGCUUCGACACUCGAGUGUUAUUACAAUGCAUCAUGUCUUCAAUUGUUUGUUCCAAAUAGUUUCAUAUUUCAACCAUCGAAAACGACUUUACCCAGCAGAUUUACCCCACAAGGUACUAUUGCUAAUGUAGCCAAUCAGUCGUUGACAGAAAUACUCUCUUAUAACUUCUCUCAUGCAGAGUAUUACAUGCAAUGUGCUCCUAGAGUAUGCGUGUGUUCUUAUGAAUAUCGUAGCUCAGCACUGACUAUUGUCACAACGAUCAUUGGUGUCCUCAGUGGUCUGAACAGAGCACUUCACCUUUUUAUUCCAAUUUUUGUCAAACAGUUAAUGAAAUUCUGGAACAAAUUUCACUCGAAACCUUGUAUCGUAUUGACCGCAACAACAUCCGUAAUUCCCUCAUGUGAGCUGCUGAAAGCAACUCAUUGA